AUGGCGGACGACACUAGGGAAAGCGUGAAUGGAAUAAUUCAGAAGAAAUCUAACGUUUGGGCGCAUGAUGAAGAUAUUAAACUCUUGGAAAAAGUAGAGGAGCACUUGGGGAACGUUUCGGAAGAGAAAAACUUAUAUAUCAAGGACAUCGUGUGGAGUGAAGUGAGGUUGGAUGGACGCGAUGAAACCGAGGUUCACAAACGCUGGAACACUUUAACGUCCAAAAUUCGAAAGAUGAGAACCGCUAAUGAGGUCUUAGAGGACGCCAAGAAGAAAGUGGCCGAUCAAAAAAAGACCAGAAAAAGGAAAAGAGACGACAGAGAUCCGUCACUUCCGAAGAUGCCAUUAACCGCUUAUCUCCUGUUCUGCGAACAAAAGCGACCACGCUUGGCUCAAAAGUACGGCAACAAGGAGGUGAUGGGAAAACUGGCGAAAAAAUGGAGCAAACUCUCUGAUGAGAAAAAAGAAAAAUACAAGGAAAUGUACCGGGAAAGUCGUCAGAAGUACGAGCAUGAUAUCGUUCAGUAUUAUGUCGACCAUUAUCCUAACGAGACACCGCCAAAAAAUGCUUUUGAUCUCUGGUCUUUAGACAAGGCAGCCGAGAUUAAAAAAUCACGUCCGGACAUUUCAGAGAAAAAACUGAAGAAAAAGCUUAAGAGGUAUUGGGAACAGCUAGAAGAUAAGGAGCAGUGGGAGAAAAAGGCUAAGAAAGAAGUGGACAAAUUCAUAAAAGCAAUGAAAAGGAAAGGUUGA